UCGCAAACGAAAAGAAAUGCAAGGUUAUAUUCUAUGAAGAAAAGUGACACAGAAGUCACAAACUAUUGACAUCAAUAAAAAAUAAAGAUCUUAAAAAAUAUUUAAUAUAAUUUCAAAAAUAGAAAUAUUAUAGUUUGAUUAUUAUAUCCUACAUCAAAUAAACAGAACAUCAUGUCUAACAUUGAAAUAUGUAUGGAAUGCAAACCCUCUAUAAGAGAAAUAAUAAAAAUGAAUGAAGACGAAUUGAAAAAAUUUUUGAUUUCGCAUGGUCUUAUAACUGACAUUAUGAAGUGUCCAAAUUGCCAAGAAAGUUGCAAUCUAUAUAAUGAAAGUAUAAAAAAACCAGACAGAUCUCAAACCAACUACGAAAAAAUUAGUUUAACGAACAAAAGAUUAUAUUGGCGUUGUCAAAAAACAAAAUAUGUUCAAGGAAACAAAAGAAAGAAAUUAAUCAAGUGCAAUUUUAUGUCGAGUUUUUGGGCGCAUACUUUUUUUGCAAAAUCUCAAUUGUCAAUUGAAGACAUAAUACAUUUUGUGGUAUUUUUUAUUACGAGUAAUGCCCCAAAAACUGACUUACUACAAGACGAAUUUGGUUUUAGCAGAAAAACAGUAAUAGAUUGGGUUAAUUUUAUGCACGAAGUAUUAUUAGAUUGGUCAUUCCGAAACAAUUCUCUCAUGAUUGGAGGGGAGGGGAAAGUUGUGGAAGUCAGCGAGUCCAAAUUGGGGGGACUUAUAUGUAAUGGAGAGCGUGUAUAUGGAGGGCAGUGGGUUAUUGGGGGAAUUGAAAGAAGUUCAAAAAAAAUGUUUAUUAUUCCAAUAAAGACGCGAGAUGAAGAAACUUUAAUCCAAAUAAUACGAAAAACAAUUGCACCUGGAACAAAAAUUGUUUCUGACCUUUGGAAAUCGUAUGACAGCCCUCCACAAGAAUGUUUUCUUUCUUUAGAAGGUGAAUUAUUAAUUCCAACGAAUCAUUCAGAAAGUUUUAUAGACCAGGCAACUGACGCUAAUACCCAAAAUAUUGAGCGCUGUUUCCGAUACUUAAAAAGAAAAAUUCCAAAAAAUAAACUGACUGAAGAACAUUACAGCAACUACAUCGCGGAAUUUUUGUUUGUUCGGGCGUACCCCAAUAUAAGGGACCGAAUACAUCAAAUAUUCCGUGAAAUAUCAAUAAUGUAUGACCCGACAAGACUGAACGAUAAACGAAAUUACUACGAAAAUUAAUUUUUAUUUCAGGUGCAAUGAAAUAAAAUUUUUAUUUAUUAUAUUUUUUGCAAAAUGACCUUUCUAAUUAUAUUUCACGAAUGAAAACAAAAUUAGAUUAUCUUCUUCCAAAACCAAAUUCGCCUUAAGAUUUUUUUUUUUUUUUGUUAAUACGUAAUUAUUAUGAUUAGUCAAUAUUUUCGUAGUUAAAUGGUACCGUCAGUAUUAUGUAGAUAGUAUGUACCCGUCUGUGAUACGCAAAUAAAAAUUAAAUUGUAAAAUUAUGAAUUUUGAUGUGAAUUAAUCUAUUAAUGCAAAAAAAUAAUAAAGUAAAUAAUACUCAUUAAUGUUAGACUGUCAGCUCGUGAUAGAAAAAACAAUAACGAAUAAAUGCAUAGUGAAAAAUUAACAUUUGUUUGUAAAACAAAGAGGAAAACUUUUUACAGCCUACCAUUAAUUUUGAUAAAAAAGCAAGACUGUUAAAUACACGAAAAAAUUUAUUGGUAAACGGUUUUCUCGUGUACAAACUUUAACACAACCAAUAUUUGAGUGGGCCAAGUUCGAUGUUUUAAUUCGUUGUGUGCGUAGUCAUGGUAGGGACAAUAAAAUCGAUGCCAGCGCUUUAAGUGAAAAAUUUUGGAGUUAAA